AUGGCGUCCAAGCUCAACCCGAACGUCCUGUACGUGGCCGAGCCGGUGGAGUCGUUGGGGUCGCCCCAAGCGGACUCAGAGAGGACUCAUAUCGCCGGAGAAGCGGGAGAAGAGUCAUCGGACAGCGACGGAGAGCAAGAAGAAACAUCACACAAGCUGAUCCGCAAAGUGUCGACCUCGGGGCAAAUACGUGCAAAGAAAAGUGUGAAGGAGGGAAUCCUGUUAAAGCAGACGAGCUCCUUCCAGAGAUGGAAGAGGAGGUACUUCAAACUUAGAGGGAGGACGCUCUACUAUGCCAAAGACUGCAAGUCUCUGAUUUUUGACGAGGUGGACCUAUCAGACGCCAGCGUGGCCGAAACCAGCACCAAGAACAUCAACAACAGCUUCACGUUGAUCACUCCGUUCCGUAAGUUAAUGCUUUGUGCCGAGAGCAGGAAGGAAAUGGAAGACUGGAUCAGCGCUCUCAAAUCCGUCCAGAAAUGGGAAACUUAUGAGGCCAGUCAGUUCAACAUGGAGCAUUUCUCCGGGAUGCACAACUGGUACGCUUGCUCUCACGCCAGACCCACCUUCUGCAACGUCUGCAGGGAAGCUCUGCCGGGCGUCACCUCCACGGGCCUCUCCUGUGAAGUCUGUAAGUUUAAGGCUCAUAAGCGCUGCGCUGUUCGCAUCCACAACACCUGCAAAUGGACAACGCUGGCCUCCAUAGGAAAUGACAUCAUAGAGGAUGAAGACGGGGUGUCGAUGCCCCACCAGUGGCUGGAGGGGAACCUGCCGGUCAGUGCUAAGUGUGUGGUGUGUGAUAAGAACUGUGGCAGUGUGCGGAGGCUGCAGGACUGGCGCUGCCUCUGGUGCAAAGCCAUCGUACACAACAGCUGUAAAGAACAAAUGGGGAAGGUGUGUCCCUUGGGUCAAUGUCGAGUGUCAAUCAUCCCUCCUACUGCACUUAACAGCAUCGACUCAGAUGGCUUCUGGAAAGCCACCUCGGCGUCGUGCUCGAGCCCCCUCCUCGUCCUCUGCAACUCUAAAAGCGGAGACAACCAAGGGGUCAAGUUCCUCCGCAAGUUCAAGCAGCUCCACCCCGCUCAAGUGUUCGACCUGAUGAACGGAGGACCGGAGCUCGGCCUCCGCCUUUUCCAGAAGUUUGUGACGUUUCGUAUCCUGGUGUGCGGAGGAGACGGCAGCGUGGGCUGGGUGCUCUCAGAGCUGGAUAAACUCAACCUCCAUAAACAGUGCCAGCUCGGUGUGUUGCCGUUGGGAACGGGUAACGACCUGGCUCGGGUCCUGGGAUGGGGAGGCCUCUGUGACGACGACGCUCAGCUGCUGCAGAUCCUGGAGAAGCUGGAGAGAGCCACCACCAAGAUGUUGGACCGAUGGAGCGUGAUGACAUACGAAGUGCCAACCAUCAACAAACACUCUCCGAUAGUGAAGGAAGACGACGGCCUCGAUUCUCCUCUGCAGGUUCAUAUCACUCAGUAUGCAGACUCCGUCGCCACUCACCUCGCCAAGAUCCUGGACUCGGACAAACACAGUGAUGUCAUUUCCUCUGCCAAGUUUCUGUGUGGGACGGUGAAUGAUUUCGUGGCGGAGGUUGGGAAAGCUUACGAGAGAGCAACAGAGAACAAGGAGGAGGCCGACGCCAUGGCAAAGAAGUGCGCUCUGCUCAACGAGAAGCUGGACUCCCUCGUCAAGGCCUUAAGUGAGGAAGCGGAGGCUCAGGUGGUUCCAGCUGGAUCUGUUCCCAGCCAGGAGGGCAGCAGUCCGAGUCCCAGUGAGAGCGGUGGUGAGUCGGGUUCGGAGGGUAAAACGUACCGGUCCAAGGAGCAGCUGAUGCUCCGAGCCAACAGCCUGAAGAAAGCUCUGAGGCAGAUCAUCGAGCAGGCCGAGAAAGUGGUGGACGAGCAGAACCGACACACGCAGGUGCAGAGGAUGUCGUCCUCGUCCUCCAUCAAGAGAGAGAACAGCGAAGAGCUGAAGGAUGCCGAGCCACGUCAAGGAAGCUUAAGUCCGACCUCCCCGAUCGUCCUGGAGAAACCAGAGAGUCUGAACACCGUCACCUUCAACGAGGACUCUGUACAAUGUUCAGAGAAAUGCGUCAUGAACAAUUAUUUUGGGAUCGGACUCGACGCCAAGAUCUCCCUCGAAUUCAACAACAAGAGAGACGAGCACCCUAAAAAGUGCAGCUCCCGCACUAAGAACAUGAUGUGGUACGGAGUGCUGGGGACCAAAGAGCUCGUCCAGAAAACCUACAAGAACCUGGAGCAGCGAGUUCAGCUGGAGUGUGAUGGGGUUGCCAUGUCCCUGCCGAGUCUCCAGGGCUUGGCUGUACUGAACAUCCCGAGCUACGCAGGCGGUAUAAACUUCUGGGGAGGAACCAAAGAGGACAAUAACUUCGGCGCUCCGUCUUUCGAUGAUAAGAAGUUGGAGGUGGUGGCGGUGUUCGGCAGCAUGCAGAUGGCCAUGUCCAGAGUUAUCAACCUGCAGCAUCACCGUAUCGCCCAGUGUCGCCAGGUGAAGAUCACCAUCCUGGGAGAACAAGGAGUUCCGGUCCAGGUAGACGGAGAAGCUUGGAUCCAGCCGCCCGGCAUCGUCAACAUCAUCCACAAGAACCGAGCUCAGAUGCUCACCAGAGACAGAGCGUUCGAGAGCACGCUGAAGUCGUGGGAGGACAAGAGGAAGAUCGACAGUUACUACCGAGACAGCAGACCUCGCCUCAACUCCCAGCAGUCCAUGGAGUACCUGACGGAGGAGGAGUGCGCUCAGGUGCAGCAGCUGGGCAUCGUGGCCGACACGCUCAUCAACAAGAUCCGUGAUGCAGCAAAGACCCACAAGCUGGUGGAGCAGGAGUUGGCUCACGCUGUUAACGCCACCGCGCUCAUCCUCACCGAGGCCAAACUGUCCAGCCCCGAGUGUCUGAGUCGCAGCACGGCCGUAGAGAUCGUGAACAGCAGUAAAGUUCUUCAGGCUGAAACCAGAAUGAUGCUGGACGCUAAACUACUGUCGGAGUGUCCCGAGGAAGAGGAGCUCCAGUCGACUCUGAACAGCCUCAGCGCCGAACUCCAUAAACUGGACGACAUCCACUGGAUCUGUCCGCUCAUGCAAUGCUCCGAGGAGGACUCGGUGAGGAGCAGCAGUAAGAGCAGCAGCAGCAGCAGCAGCAUGAAGCUGAAGAUCAUCCCGAAGGUGAAGAAGGAGAGAGAGAAGCUCCACAAGCAGAAGUCCAACAGCUCUCUCUCAGGAAACUGGGAUGUGAAAGGCGGAGCAGGUGAGGCGGACUCCUCAGGCAAUUGA